AUGAGGGAUGUGCCUGUGCAACAUUGGAAUAUGGGGAUCGGCCCGAUAACCUGCCACGCGUGGAACAAAGAUCGAACCCAGGUGGCCGUUUCUGCUUCAAGCAACGAGAUUCAUAUUUUUGCCUGGCGAAACGGCGAUUGGGUGAACACUGCCACUCUCACAGAACACGACUUACCUGUGACUGGACUUGAUUGGGCACCAAAUACGAACCGCAUCGUUUCGUGUUCAAGAGACAAAAAUGCAUUCGUAUGGACAUUUGAAGCAGAUAAAGGGACAUGGAAACCUGAGCUAGUCUUGGUUCGCUUUCAACGCGCAGCAACAUGUGUUAAGUGGUCACCAGCUGAGAACAAAUUUGCUGUUGGUAGCGGUUCAAAACUGGUCUCUGUCUGCUACUACGAACGGGAAAAUGACUGGUGGGUGGCAAAACAGAUCAGAAAACCAAUUCGAUCAACAGUUAACUGCAUCGACUGGCACCCCAACAAUGUGCUUCUUGCCAUCGGUGCAUGCGAUUUCCGCGCAAGAGUUUUUUCAGCCUGGGUGAAGGAAGUGGAUGAAAAACCGUCUCCAAACCCAUGGGGGUCAAAAAUGCCAUUUGGACAGCUAAUGGCGGAACUUCCCAUCUCUGGGUGGGUCCAUCACGUCGCUUUUUCGCCAUCUGGUUGUCGGUUGGCGUUCGUUGCUCAUGACUCCUCUAUUUCAUAUGUCGAUGCUAAUCAAGACAACACUGUGGCACAUACUUUACGAACCUCGUGCUUGCCAUUCACUUCUGCGGAAUGGGUAACAGAAAACAGCAUUGUUGCAGCGGGUCACGAUUGCUCGCCUGUGCUUUUCACUAUAGCCGAUGGUAAUUUGAAGGAAGUUUGCAAGUUAGAUAUCCCAUCAGAACAAAGAUCUUCAUCUGUAAACUCUGCACUGCAAAUGUUCCGUAAUAUAGAUAGAAAUGCGGCCUCUGAGCAAAUUAACGUCCAACUGAAGACACUGCAUCAAAAUAUGAUCACACAAAUACUGCCUCAUUCUGGAAGCAAGAACAAUAUUAUAAAGUUUACCACGUGCGGAACCGAUGGAUUGAUCGCUUUAUGGGAUUUAAAGGUAAGCGCAGAUUUGCUCUUUGAGGCGCCAGCAUCGUAG